AUGUUUGUGAUUCGAUUUGUUUUGGUGUCUUGUUUAGUCUUAGUGAUUUUAGAAUAUAUAGAGGCUGAAUGUAUAAGAAAUAAUGCCGAUGAAUUAUAUUGUGAGGAUAUUAAAAAAAUUUCUCGAGAAAUUUUAAACGAAAGUUAUGAAAACUGUAUGAGAUUAAUGAUAGUUUACACCAAGGAACCUCUUGAAAUAACUGCUUUUAGAAACAUGAAAAAAUUAACAGAUAUUGACAUAUCAAAUAGUCGAAUUGGAAUAAUAUAUUCUGAAACUUUUAAAGAUAUACCAUAUUUGGAACAUGUAUAUAUAAAAAAUAAUAAAAUAGGAGAUAUUGAAGAAUCAGCCUUUUUCAAUUUAACCAAACUGCAAGAGGUAGUAAUAUCAUACACCGAUAUUCCAUUUUUAAGAAAAGGUAUUUUCCGAAAUGUCCCACAACUGUACAUUAUCAAUCUACAAAAUUCCAACUUAUGUUCUAUACAAAAUGAUGCUUUUUACGACGUGCCAAACUUAAAAAAACUUUAUCUUAAUAACAACUUGUUAACUGUUGUGACGAAAGAUAUGCUGAAUAAAUUGACUAAUUUGGAUUAUCUAAAUUUGGCUAACAACAGUAUAUCAAUAAUAGAAAAAAAUAGUUUUGACCAAACUAAGCAUUUAUAUUCCCUGUAUUUAGAACGUAAUCAAUUGAAAUCACUUGAUUUGGAUAUAUUUCCUACGACCGGAAUGAAAUAUUUGCGAUCGAUUUAUUUAAAUAGAAAUCGACUGAUGUAUCUACCAUCCACAUUUUUUACUAGAACACCGACUUUACAGGAAAUUGGUCUAAGUCACAAUCCAUGGUUUUGCCCUUGCCUGUUCGAGAUUUAUAGGAUUUUAAACCUAUACAACAUUACGGAAAUUAGGGCUAAGAAAAAUCUUUACAUUAAGGAAAUUUGGAAUAAGAAGCUCUUCAUGGUUAAUUCUUGUAAGGACCCAAUACCUGAUGAUAGUCCCUGGAGUCUUCCCAUUUGCAUCAAUAGAAAUGUCUUAGACAAUAUUUGUAUAAAUACAUAUAGUCAAGAAUUAAAGGAGGACAAUUUAUUUACUCAACCAAAUAACAUACAAAAUCAGGAACUAACAGCAAAUAAUCAAAUAGAUAACAAAUUGCAGAACGAAUUAUCUCAGGAGAAUAAAACUAAAAAAGGAGACAAACUGAUAUCUGAACGGACAAAGAAACUAUCUUCAACAGCAACACCCAGGAAAAAUUAA